AUGGCAGUGCUGAUCAAAGAGGAAGUUCAAAAGCAGAUUGAUGCAGGUUUUCUUGUUACAUCAGAAUACCCUCAAUGGUUAGCCAACAUAGUACCUGUUCCCAAGAAGGGUGGCAAGGUUCGAAUGUGUGUCGAUUAUCGAGAUUUGAACAAAGCCAGCCCUAAAGAUGAUUUCCCUUUACCCCACAUUGAUAUACUGAUCAAAAUGGCACCUGAGGACAUGGAAAAGACCGCAUUUAUUACACCUUGGGGUACGUUCUGCUAUAGAGUGAUGCCUUUCGGUUUGAAGAACGCUGGUGCUACUUACCAAAGAGCCAUGACAACCCUCUUCCACGAUAUGAUGCAUAAAGAGAUUGAAGUUUAUGUUGAUGAUAUGAUUGCCAAGUCUAACACCGAAGAAGAUCACGUGGUAUACUUAUUGAAGUUGUUUGAGCGUUUGAGAAAAUACAAGCUCCGCUUGAACCCAAACAAAUGCACUUUUGGUGUUAGAUCUGGAAAGCUGUUGGGUUUCAUUGUCAGCCAGAAGGGCAUUGAAGUCGAUCCGGACAAAGUUAGAGCUAUCCGUGACAUGCCCGCACCGAGGACUGAGAAACAAGUCAGAGGUUUCCUUGGGCGUUUGAACUACAUCUCCAGGUUUAUAUCUCACAUGACUGCCGCAUGUAGGCCAAUCUUCAAGUUGCUUCGGAAAGAUCAGAGCAUUGUAUGGAAUGAUGAUUGCCAGAAAGCUUUUGACAGUAUCAAAGAGUAUUUACUUGAACCUCCUAUCUUGAUCCCACCAGUGGAGGGUAGACCCCUAAUCAUGUACCUAACUGUUUUGGAAGAGUCUAUGGGUUGUGUCCUUGGACAACAAGAUGAUACUGGAAGGAAAGAACAUGCCAUCUAUUAUUUAAGCAAGAAGUUUACUGAUUGUGAAUCCCGCUAUACGUUACUUGAGAAGACCUGUUGCGCUUUGGCUUGGGCAGCAAAACGUCUCCGAAGGAUUGCUCGCUGGCAGAUGUUACUGUCUGAAUAUGACAUAGAGUACCGUGCGCAGAAAGCUAUCAAGGGAAGCAUUUUAGCGGAUCACUUGGCUCACCAGCCUAUUGAAGAUUAUCAAACAGUUAAAUUUGAUUUCCCCGAUGAAGAUGUCAUGUAUCUGAGGAUGAAAGAUUGUGAAGAGCCAGGCCCUGAGGAGGGACCUGAACCUGUAUCCCGGUGGGGUUUGGUAUUUGAUGGAGCUUCUAAUUCUUUUGGCCAUGGAGUUGGGGCAGUCAUCAUUACUCCCCAUGGUUCUCACGUUCCAUUUACCGCUAGAAUUUGUUUUGAGUGCACGAACAAUAUAGCAGAGUAUGAGGCUUGUAUCAUGGGUCUUGAGGAAGCUAUUGACUUGAGAAUUAAAAUUCUCGACGUGUAUGGAGAUUCGUCAUUGGUAAUCAAUCAGAUCAAAGGUGAAUGGGAAACUCGUCAUCCGGGGUUGAUCCCAUACAGAGACUAUGCUAGACGUUUGCUACCGUUCUUCGACAAAGUUACUUUCCAUCAUAUACCUAGAGACGAAAACCAGAUGGCAGAUGCUCUGGCCACCUUGUCUUCCAUGUACAAAGUGAACGCCCAUAAUGAAGUGCCUCGCAUUACAAUUAGACGCCUCGAUAGGCCUGCCCAUGUCUUCACAACGGAAAUUGAAAUAGAUAACAAACCAUGGUAUCAUGAUAUAAAGUGUUUCCUCAAAAAUCAUGAAUACCCACCUGAGGCGUCAAGUAAAGACAAAAAGACGUUGAGAAGAUUGGCAUUCAAUUUCUUCCUCAACGGAGAUGUUUUGUACAAAAGGAAUUAUGACAUGGUUUUGCUCAGAUGCGUGGAUAAGCACGAGGCAAACAUGUUGAUGAAAGAAGUUCACGAAGGUUCUUUUGGUACUCAUGCCAAUGGUCAUUCCAUGGCUAAGAAGAUGCUUCGGGCAGGCUAUUAUUGGUUGACAAUGGAGUCUGAUUGUUUCCAGUUUGUGAAGAAGUGCCACAAAUGUCAAAUUUAUGCCGAUAAGAUACACGUGCCCCCAACUUUGCUCAACAUCAUUUCUUCCCCAUGGCCAUUCUCUAUGUGGGGAAUUGAUAUGAUUGGCAUGAUUCAACCCAAAGCUUCGAAUGGUCAUCGAUUUAUAUUGGUCGCCAUUGAUUACUUCACCAAGUGGGUUGAAGCGGCCUCAUACGCCAAUGUGACCAAACAAGUAGUUGUCAAGUUCAUCAAAAACCAAAUCAUCUGCAGAUAUGGUGUUCCGAAUAAGAUCAUCACCGAUAAUGGCUCUAACUUGAACAAUAAUAUGAUGAGGGAACUCUGUGAAAGCUUCAAGAUCGAGCAUCACAACUCUUCUCCAUACAGACCUAAGAUGAAUGGUGCUGUCGAAGCUGCUAACAAAAAUAUUAAGAAGAUCUUGCAAAAAAUGGUGGUUACAUAUAGGGAUUGGCAUGAGAUGCUUCCUUUUGCCUUACAUGGAUACCGUACGUCUGUCCGAACUUCAACAGGGGCAACUCCUUUCUCUUUGGUCUAUGGGAUGGAAGCAGUACUCCCAGUAGAAGUAGAGAUCCCGUCAAUGAGAGUCUUGAUGGAAGCCAAGUUGACUGAGGCUGAAUGGUGUCAAAACAGGUUUGAUCAGCUGAAUCUAAUUGAGGAAAAGAGAUUGACAGCUCUGUGUCAUGGUCAACUAUAUCAGAGAAGAUUAAAGAAGGCAUUCGACAAGAAGGUCAAACCUCGAGAGUUUAGAGAAGGUGACCUUGUACUCAAGAAGGUCUUGUCCUUUCAACCUGAUCCUAGGGGCAAGUGGGCGCCAAAUUAUGAAGGUCCAUAUGUUGUUAAGAAGGCUUUCUCUGGAGGCGCCAUGAUCCUAGCAACCAUGGAUGUUUGUACAAAUGUUAAUAUUCAGAAACUUGAAUCAGGCAAUAUGAUUUGGACUCUUUUUUCAGUUUACCAGUAG